AUGCCAAGAAAAAUUGUAAAAUGCUCGUACUUGGGUAUAUUUACUUUAAAAGUUGAGAAUAAUCGUGUUGACAUAAAGAAUUUGCAAAAAAGAGCUUAUAGAACAGUAGUCACAACGUAUAUUACUUCCACACCAUAUGUAGCACAAGGUGUAACUUAUUCAUGUGAGACUAGUUAUCCUACCGAUACAUCUACUCCACUACCGAUCUAUCCAUGUCUAGCAAAUAAUGUUUUAUCAGGGGGAUAUGUUUCUGUUUCAAUACCGUGUAAUACUUAUCCUGUCGAUACACCUAUUCCACAACCGAUCUAUACAUCAGCACCUGUUGCAACUGGAACAUGUCUAGCUCCUGUUGUUAUACCAGCUGGAAAUAAUGCUUAUACAACAGUGUGUGGUGGAUCUAUUCCACAACCGAUUUAUACACCACCAGCACCUUCAACUACUACUCCUAAAGCAGUCGCUAUUCCUACUCCUAAUGCAGUUACUACUUCUACUACUAAAGCAGCUACUACUCCUAAUGCAGUUGCUACUCCUAAGGCAGUUACUACUCCUAAUCCUAUGGCAGUUGCUACUCCUAAGGCAGUUACUACCCCUAAGGCAAUUACUACUCCUAAGGCAGCUACUACUCCUAAGGCAGUUACUACCCCUAAUGCAGUUACUACCCCUAAGGCAGCUACUAUUCCUAAGGCAGCUACUACUCCUAAGGCAGCUACUACUCCUAAGGCAAUUACUACUCCUAAGGCAGCUACUACUCCUAAGGCAGUUACUACCCCUAAUGCAGUUACUACCCCUAAGGCAGCUACUAUUCCUAAGGCAGCUACUACUCCUAAGGCAGCUACUACUCCUAAGGCAAUUACUACUCCUAAGGCAGCUACUACUCCUAAGGCAAUUACUACUCCUAAGGCAAUUACUACUCCUAAGGCAGCUACAACUCCUAAGGCAGCUACUACUCCUAAAGCAGUCAUCGCACGUGCACCAAUUGCACAACCACAGUGCUUUUCUUAUAAUUACGGCAUUAAACCUGGAAGCACAACUAGUGCCGUAACACCUAAUGUUAUUUCUGCAUCAAGUUCUUUACAAGAUAAAUUAACUGGAUUCAAUUUUAUAAUUGAGUUAAUUAGUUUAGCUUUUAUUAUUAAUCAAAUUAUUUAA